AUGGCCAACGGGACCUGGGUGAGCAAGUUCAUCCUUGUGGGCUUCUCAGGCUUGGCGGAUCUGCAGCUGCUGCUCUUUGUGCUGUUUGCCCUCCUGUAUGCGGCGACACUGGUGGGGAACGCGCUCAUCGUGACUAUGGUGGGGGCCGACCGCCGCCUGCACACUCCCAUGUACUUCUUUCUGGGGGCUCUGUCUAUCUCAGAGACCUGCUACACCUUUGCCAUCUUGCUCCCCAUGCUGGGGGGCCUGGUGGGCGCCAGCCGUACCAUGUCCCGUGCUGGCUGCGCAGUCCAGAUGUAUGUCUUCAUUGGCCUGGCUUGCAACAACUGCUUCCUGCUGGCAGGCAUGGGCUAUGACCGAUAUCUGGCCAUCUGCCACCCAUUGCGGUACCCCAUCCUCAUGAGCCACCUGGUCUGUGCCUGGCUGGUGGCCAUGGCCCUCCUCAGUGGGCUCCUCAUCUCCAUGGGCCAGACCCUCUUCAUUUUCAGCCUGCCCUUCUGUGGCCCCAACACCAUCCAUCAUUUCUUUUGUGACCUACUGCCGGUCACCCGGCUGGCCUGCACUGACACCUCCCUCCAUGAGGCUGUGACUUUUGCCCUCAGCCUCCUGGUCAUCGCUCUGCCCUUUGGCCUCAUCGUCCUCUCCUACCUCUACAUCCUGGGCACCAUCCUGCGCAUCCCCUCAGUGGCUGGGCGGCGCAAGGCUUUCUCUACCUGUGCCUCCCACCUCACCGUGGUGGUCCUGCACUUUGGCUGUGCUUCAGCCAUGUACCUCCGCCCAGCCAUGGACGAUGACUCUGAGCGGGACCAGCUGAUCGCUGUGUCCUACACGGUGGUCACACCCCUGCUCAACCCCGUGGUCUACACCCUCCGGAACAGGGAGGUGCAGAUGGCGCUCAGGAGGGUGUUGGGCAGGAACGUGGGGCCCUAG